AAAAGCACGGACAGAGCUAGCAAAAUGAUCGGAAUAGUGCUGCUAAUCGGGGCCGUGACCCUUCUGUAUGUUUACCUUAAGUGGACAUUCAGCUAUUGGGACCGCAAGGGAUUCCCCUCGGCGGGUGCCACCAUUCCCUUUGGUGUCCUGGACUCCGUGCGGCAGGGAAGGCGAUCCUUCGGCAUGGCCAUUUACGAUCUGUACAACUCUACGAAGGAGCCAGUGAUCGGAAUGUAUCUCACCAUUAGACCAGCCCUGUUGGUCCGGGACGCCCAGCUGGCCCACGAUGUGCUCGUCAAGUAUUUUGCCAGUUUCCACGAUCGCGGCGUUUACGUAGACGAGGAGAAUGACCCAAUGUCGGCGGGGCUAUUCUCACUAGAGGGAGCCAGCUGGAAAAAUCUGCGCACCAAGCUUUCGCCCUCCUUCACCUCUGGCAAGCUGAAGGCCAUGUUCGAGACCUCCGAUGCAGUCGGCGAUAAGUUGGUAGCCCACUUGAAGAAGCAACUGCCCGAGUCCGGGAGCAAGGAGGUGGAAUUGAAAAGUCUCAUAUCGACCUAUGCCGUGGAUAUAAUUGCCUCGACUAUUUUUGGACUGGAUGUUGACAGUUUUGCAGAUCCCAAAAAUGAAUUUCUCCAGAUUAGUAAAUUAGUAAAUCGCAACACCUUUUCAGACAUUGUUCGUGGCGCAUCAUCAUUCCUUUAUCCAGCCUUGGAGAAGCUCUUUGUGAAAAUCGGAUGGAAACAGGAAGCAUUUGAAAGGAUGAGGGAACUAUCCAAUCGCACCGUAGAUCUCAGGGAGAAGAACAACAUUGUUCGUAAGGAUCUGCUGCAACUCCUCCUGCAGCUGCGCAAUCAGGGAAAGAUCAGCACUGAUGAUACCGUGUGGACAGCGGAAAGCUCAAAGAAUGGCGUAAAGUCCAUGUCCAAGGACCUUAUUGCCGGACAGCUGUUCCUCUUCUAUGCCGCUGGUUUCGAAACCACGGCCAGCACGACUUCAUUUACUCUUUACGAGCUCACCCAACACCCGGAGGUGAUGGCCAAGGCGCAGGAGGAUGUGCGCCAAGCCAUCGAGAAGCACGGCGGUCUGACCUACGAUGCCAUUUCGGACAUGAAGUACUUGGAAGCCUGUGUGAUGGAAACUGCUCGCAAAUAUCCUGCUCUGCCCAUCCUGAACCGAGUCUGCACGCAGGAUUAUCCAGUGCCGGAUAGCAAGCUGGUGAUCAAGAAGGGCACACCCAUUGUGAUAUCCCUGAUUGGAAUGCACCGGGACCCGGAGUAUUUCCCCAAUCCACUCACUUAUCAGCCCGAACGCUAUUUGGAUGAGAACAAGAACUUUAGGCAGGCUGCGUAUAUGCCCUUUGGGGAGGGUCCUCGCCACUGCAUAGGCCUGCGCAUGGGUAAGGUGAAUGUGAAGAUAGCUGUAGCCAAGAUUCUGUCCAAUUUCGACCUGGAAAUUCGCAAGGAGAAGCGCGAAAUCGAGUUCGGUGCGAAUGGAGUAACCCUGAUGCCCAAGGAGGGAGUGCCUGUGCGGAUCUCCCGAAAAAAGUAGGCUAAGGUUUCCUUAAACGCAAAUAUCGCGAUUUUUGUUAAAACUAUUAAUACCGCUCGGCAUGUGAUAAGGGAAGCUAUAUACUUCAUAAAAAACUAAGAAAUCAUCCAUUUAACUGUGCCUAGAUAUUUAUAUAUAUAUAAAUUGUUAGGGGUUUCCUUAUAUCCAAGAAAUAUAAAGAUUUUAAAAUA